AUGGAGUGGAGUAAUGAAACAGUAUUACAAUUUUUGGAUUUCUAUGAACAAGAAUCAUUAAUUUGGAAGCCAUGGCUGAGUGAUCAUAAAAACAGAAAUCUUGUAUUCGAUGCUUGGAAAAGAAUAGAGAAAAAUAUGGGUGGAAAAUACUCUGUCACAGAAUUAAAAAAGAAAAAGGAUUCCCUAAUGGCAUCGUUUAGGGCUUGUAAUAAUAAAGUUAAGGAAUCUACAAAAAGUGGAGCAGGUACAGAAGACAUACAUAUAUAA